UCUGUAGUGCUGAGUCAUGGAUUGUUCUCUUACAUUUAUGGUAAUCAAUAUACCUCAAGACUGGGUUUGCAGCUUUUGGGACUCUCGGUAUCAGAAUCAAGGCGAUUCCCUUGGUAACACGGCAGUAUGUUGCAUAUUUAAAUCAAAACCGAAAUCCAGCUUCUAAGGUUGCAGCUGUGUCUGCCCUACAUCCCGUUUUAGGAUGAUUGCUGCCGCUUUUUUGGUUUUGCUGAGACCUUACAGUAUCCAGUGCGUCUUGUUGUUGUUAUUGCUCUUAUUGGGGACUAUUGCUACAAUUCUAUUUUUCUGCUGCUGGCAUCGCAAGCUUCGUAAAGGCAAACAUCCUAUUAAAUCAGUGUUAUCUGGUCGUUCAAGGAGUCGUGAAGCUGGUCUCCGGUCACAUCAUUUUCGAUCAGAGGGUUACAGGCAGAGUCCUCGCCACGCCAGGAGGAGUGCCAGAGCUCGCGUUGCAGAGGAGACCCAACCCCUGGUGGAAAUUCCUGAAAGUGAGCAAGAAGCAACUGUCAGAAAACGCAAAAUCAGGAAAAGGGUUCAACCAGAAUUUUACCACUCUGUACAAGUUACACCAACACGCAAACCUAGCUCUGGGUCUGGAAACGCUUCUCAUCGCUGUUCUAUGUCUUCAUCCGCGGAUUUUUCUGAUGAGGAUGAUUUCAGUCAGAAAUCUGGGUCUGUUUCUCCAGCGCCAGGAGAUACACUACCGUGGAAUCUACCGAGACACGAGCGUUCCAAGAGAAAAAUACAAGGAGGAUCCAUUCUGGAUCCAGCAGAAAGAGCCGUCCUUAGGAUAGCUGAUGAGAGGGACAGAGUACAGAAGAAAACGUUCACAAAAUGGAUAAACCAGCAUCUUGUGAAGGUACGGAAGCAUGUGAAUGAUCUGUACGAAGACCUUCGAGAUGGACACAACCUGAUCUCCCUGUUAGAGGUCCUGUGUGGGGAGACCUUGCCAAGGGAGCGUGAUUUUCUGAAGACACUGCGGUUGGUGAGUGCAGCUGGAGCAUGCGCAUUUGAGCAGCAUGAGGAUGAGCAGGAUGAUGAUAAGGGGCCUCGAGAGAAAGGGAGGAUGCGCUUCCACAGACUGCAAAAUGUACAGAUUGCACUUGAUUAUUUAAAGAAACGCCAGGUCAAACUUGUAAACAUCAGGAAUGAUGAUAUAACAGAUGGAAACCCAAAGCUCACAUUGGGUUUGAUAUGGACCAUAAUUCUGCACUUUCAGAUCUCUGAUAUCCAUGUUUUCGGGGAGUCAGAGGAUAUGACCGCUAAAGAGAAACUGCUGAUGUGGUCUCAACAGACAACUGAAGGCUACGUUGGUGUACGGUGUGAAAACUUCACUACCUGCUGGAGAGAUGGGAGGCUGUUUAACGCCAUCAUUCAUAAAUACAGGCCGGACCUGAUUGAUAUGAACACGGUUGCCACUCAGAGCAGUCGAUCAAAUUUGGAAAAAGCCUUUUGUGUAGCUGAACAACUUGGAGUGGCAAGACUCCUUGAUCCAGAGGACGUUGAUGUGCAAUCGCCUGAUGAGAAGUCAGUUAUAACUUAUGUUUCAACACUGUAUGAUGUUUUCCCCAAAAUACCGGAGGGUGGAGAAGGCAUCAGUGCAAAUGAUGUUGACAUCAAAUGGGUGGAAUACCAGAACAUGGUGAAUUACCUCAGUCAGUGGAUCAGGCAUCACGUGACGAUAAUGUCAGAUCGAAUGUUCCCAAACAAUCCUGUAGAACUCAAGGCACUUUAUAAUCAAUAUUUGCAGUUUAAAGAAACUGAAAUUCCACCGAAAGAGAACGACAAAACAAGAAUCAAACAUCUGUACAAACUGUUAGAGCCGUGGAUAGAAUUUGGCCGUAUCAAACUCCCACAAGGAUAUCACCCGAACGAAGUAGAAAAAGAAUGGGGAAAACUUAUUAUUGCCAUGUUGGAGAGGGAGAAGAGUUUACGGCCUGAAGUGGACAGGCUUGAAAUGCUCCAACAAAUUGCAAGCAGGGUACAGCGGGACUGUGUGGCUGGGGAAGAUAAGUUAGUGUUGGCAAGAAAUGCACUGCAGUCUGAUGCAAAAAGGUUAGAAUCCGGAGUACAGUUCCAGAAUGAAGCUGAGAUUGCUGGAUACCUGCUGGAGUGUGAGAGCCUCCUUCGCCAGCAAGUUGUCGAUAUCCAGAUUCUUUUGGAUGGGAAGUUUUACCUGGCCGAUCAGCUAGUUCAAAGGGUAUCAAAGAUUCGGGAUGACCUGCUAGCCCUCAAGUCUGAAUGCUCCUCAGUGUACAGCAAAGGACGCACUCUGACCACAGAGCAGACCAAGAUGAUGAUUUCAGGAAUAACACAGAGCUUGAACUCAGGUUUCUCACAAAAUAUGAACUCAGGCUUGAACACUGGUCUGUCUCAGGGUUUAACGCCUACCCUAACACCCGGACUGAUGCCAGGUCUCUCCCCUGGACUCACUUCCAGUUUUACAUCAAGUCUGACUCCAUGUCUGACCCCUUCCCUCACCCCAGCCAUGACCCCGGGUCUGCAGCCAACAUCGGUACAGAGCUAUGUUACUGGAAUGGACUCUGCAGCACUGCAGGCUCUUAAACUAAUGCAAAUCCGGAAACCUUUAAUGAAAUCCUCACUUGCUGAUCCAAAUUUGACUGAGGAAGAAGUCAACAUGAGUUUUGUGCAAGAUCUUUUGAACUGGGUUGAAGAAAUGCAGGUACAAUUGGAUCGUUCAGAGUGGGGUUCAGAUUUGCCAACUGUGGAAACUCAUUUAGAGAAUCACAAAAGUGUUCAUAGAGCAAUUGAAGAAUUUCAAAUGAGCCUUAAAGAAGCCAAAUAUAGUGAGAUCCAGAUGACAUCUGCCCAGAAACACAAUUACUCUGAGAAGUUAAGCAGGCUAGAAAACCAGUAUGGAAAGCUGCUGAAUUCCUCUAGAAAUCGCCAGAAGUACCUUGAAAGCCUGCAAGAGUUUGUGUCAAGAGCCACGUGGGAGCUCAUCUGGCUGAAUGAGAAGGAAGAGGAGGAGGUGGCGUAUGACUGGAGCGACAGGAAUUCAAAUAUGGCGAAAAAGAGAGAUUACCAUGCUGAUCUCAUGAGAGAGCUUGAUGAGAAGGAGAGAGUUAUUAAGUCUGUUCAGGAUAUGGCCGAACGACUUCUACUUGAGAAUCAUCCUGCCAGGUUAACUAUUGAGGCUUACCGUGCUGCCAUGCAGACGCAGUGGGGCUGGAUCUUGCAGCUGUGUGGUUGUGUGGAACAGCACUUGAAUGAAAAUACAGUCUAUUUUGAGUUUUUCAAUGAUGCCAAAGAAUCUAUGGAUUAUUUAAAGAACUUACAAGAUACCAUCCAAAGAAAAUAUGGCUGUGACCGGACAAGCAGUUUACAUAAAUUGGAAGAUCUGGUUCAAGAAUCUAUGGAUGAGAAAGAACAGCUUUUGCAGUACAGGAGCACUGUGGCAAGUCUUGUGGGACGAGCCAAGGGAAUAGUCCAGUUAAAACCUAGAAAUCCUGACGGCACCAUCAGAAACUCCCUGCCAGUCCAAGCCAUCUGUGACUAUCGACAGAUUGAGAUAACUAUCUAUAAAGAAGAUGAGUGCAUACUGGCCAACAACUCCUACCGGGCAAAGUGGAAGGUUAUAAGCCCAACUGGGAAUGAGGCUAUGGUGCCUUCUGUGUGCUUCACCAUUCCCCCGCCAAACAAUGAAGCAAUUGAAACUGUCAGCAGAAUUGAGCAGCUGUACCAGAAUGUCUUAACUCUGUGGCACCACUCCCAUAUAAACAUGAAAAGUGUGGUGUCGUGGCACUACCUCAUGAACGACAUUGAAGCUAUUCAGAAUGGCAAUGUUGCCUCAAUAAAGACCAUGUUACCAGGGGAACACCAGCAGGUUCUCAGCAACCUGCAAAGUCACUUAGAGAGCUUUCUUGAGGACAGUCAGGAGUCCGAAGUUUUUACCGUCUCUGACAGAGGGCAGCUGGAGAGAGAGGUUGUAAUAUGCAAGCAGUACUAUGAGGACCUUCUCAAAUCAGCUGAAAGGGAGGAACAUGAGGAAUCUGUCUACAACCUGUUUAUCUCGGAGGUGCGAAACUUCCGCAUGCGUCUGGAGAACUAUGAGGAGCGCCUGAUCCGUUGGCUCCGUGCUCCGCUGGAGAGGGACGACCUGCAGGAGAGUGUGCGCAGGAUUGCAGAGCAGGAGAAAUCAAAGAAAGAGCUAGACAGACUUAAAGAGGAUCUGGAAACCAUGCAAGAGAAGUGUGAGGUGUUCGUCAGCCAAGCAGCCUCAUCGCCAUCAGUCCCUACUCUGUCCUCAGAACUCAACGUUGUCGUCCAGAACAUGAAUCAAGUCUACUCCAUGUCUUCCAUUUACUUAGAGAAGCUCAAAACUGUAAGCCUGGUUGUGAAAAACACCCAAGGAGCAGAGGCCUUAGUGAAACUGUACGAGGCAAAACUGUGUGAGGAAGAUGCUGUGAAUGCUGACACAAAAGCCAUUGAGACCGUCAUGAGUACUCUGAAGCUGUGGCGCACUGAAAUCGAUGAAAAAAGAGAAGUGUUUCACGCUUUGGAGGAUGAGCUACAGAAAGCCAGGGCUGUUAGUGACCGGAUGUUCAAGAUGCAUAAUGAACGUGAUUUUGACUUGGACUGGCACAAAGAGAAAGCAGACCAGCUGGCAGAGAGAUGGCAAAAUGUUCACUCUCAGAUAGAAAACAGACUGCGUGACUUGGAGUGUAUAUGCAAAUCUCUAAAGUACUACAAAGACACCUAUGAACCACUGGAUGACUGGAUAAAGGAAAUGGAAGACACUCAAAGGAAGAUGCAAGAAAACCAGCCUGAAGACAGCAAAGCACUAGCCGAACUGCUGAACCAGCAAAAGCUCCUUGUUUCAGAAAUUGAAAUGAAACAAAGUAAAAUCGAUGAGUGUCAGAAAUACUCAGAGCAAUACUCUGCUUCGGUGAAGGACUAUGAGCUUCAGUUAAUGACCUACAGGGCAAUGGUGGGUUCACAGCAGAAGUCCCCAGUCAAGCGACGCAGGAUACAGAGUUCAUCUGAUGUAAUUAUACAGGAGUUUAUGGACCUACGGACCCGCUACACUGCUUUGGUUACCCUCAUGACUCAGUAUGUGAAGUUUGCUAGUGACACCUUGAAGAGAACAGAGGAGGAAGAGAAAUCUGUUGAGGAAGAGAAGAAAGAGCAUGGUGAAAAAGUUAGCAAGUUAUUAAACUGGGUAUCGAAUAUGAAAAAAAACAACAAUAAAGAAGAGAAGCCCUUGCAGGAUGACAAAAAUGUCCUUAAGGACACUUCUUAUAAGCCUGAGGUUUCAAUGGAAGAAGUAGCAACAAAGAAAGAACAAAUUGCUGAAGCGUUGAGGGCGACACAGUUAAUGUUGGCUAAGCACAGUGACAAAAUGACAGAAGAAGAAAGACAAGUCACCAAACAAGAGCUGAAGUCUUUGGAGCAGGCAUACAAUGAUUUAUCUCAGCAGUCUGUUGAUCAGCUUCCACAACCACAGAGCCUUCCUGCUGAACAGGAUUAUCAAACCAUUGAAGGCCUUAUAGACCUGGAAACUGGAGCUGUCUUUUCAGUUUGUCGCUCUAUGCAGAAAGGCCUGAUUGACUACACUACUGGAAUCAAUUUACUUGAAGCUCAGUUGAUUACAUCUGGACUCAUCUUACCAGAAUUCAGCAUGUGUUUGGAUGUAGACGAUGCUUUCAAGCAUGGUCUGGUUGACAAACAGAGUUGCAUGCAUUUACAGGAAAUUAAUGAAGCUAAUAGGUGUAUUCUGAGUGCCAAGUAUGCUUCUGAACCUCUUCCAGUGAUUGCUGCUUUGAGAGAUGGAAUUAUCUCAGAACAACUAGCCAUUAGGAUGAUUGAAAUGCAACUGGCAACAGGGGGUUUAAGAGUCACGUGUACAGGUGACAUUAUAAACCUAGACAAGGCUUUCCAAAGUGGGCUAAUUCCACCACCAUUGUUCCGGAAGAUUCUAGAAAGAGAGGAUACAUGCAAAUACUUGAUUGACCCAAAUACAGCAGAAAAGGUUUCACUAAUACAGCUUGUGCAGAGGAGUUUGGUUCAUGAAGAGACAGGUCUGAGAUUGUUGCCAGUGAAGAAAGGAGAAGAUGGUAAAAUAGCUUUAAAAUCUGGUAGAGAGGUCAGCAUAUUGCGGGCUGUUCAUGAAGGCCUUAUUGAUCGGGAAACCAUGUUCAGACUGCUGGGAGCUCAGCUAUUUGCAGGAGGUAUUACGGAUCCUACAACAAAUUGCAAGCUAAACGUGGAGGAAGCAGUGCAAGAAGGCCUGAUUGAUCAAGAUACUGCCUGUGGACUAUUGAGCUAUCAGGCCCAAAAUGGUGGAAUCGUCAAUCCUCGCUCAGGUGAAAGAUUAAGUGUGGAUGAAGCUGUUCAGUGUAAUUUAAUAACAUCCAGCAGUGCUCUUUUAAUCCUGGAAAAACAAAAGGCUUUUAUGGGUCUUAUCUGGCCUCAUUCGGGUGAAAUCUUCACUCUAUCAACUUCCACACAGCAUGAGGUGAUUACAAAUGAACUUGCUUAUAAAUUGCUAAGUAACAGACAAAAAAUAGCAGCACUGUAUAUUCCAGAGAGCUCUGAGGUAGUAAGCAUUGAAAAUGCAACCAAGUCCGAGAUAAUAGACAGCAAUAUUGCAGGUGUUUUGAAUUCUAUAGUGAUACCUGAUACCAUUCCUGGUAUAGAUGAUUUCGAUGAAAAGAUUGCAACUUGGGUUUCUUCGUGUGAACUUCAGCUAGUUAGUCCUCAUGAAUCACAACAGAAUCAAGAAAUAUCUAAACUGAAAAAUACAAAUUUACCAUCUUCAUCAGAAGCCAAACAACUAUUGAUAUCCUAUUUAAUGACAAAUAGUUGUAUGGAUCCCACAUCAGGACAGAGGCUAUUGAUAUACAACAGAGAGUUAGAUAAAAUGACCAAAUGUUUUACACAGAGUUCUGAAAAAUAUCUCAAACAAUCUAGCAUCAGUCUAGACAAACAUGAUUGUACUGAGGCUGUAGAAAACCAUGUAUGUGAACAAUCUGUAGGCACACAUGAAAGUAGAAUUGAAAAAGAACAAAAUACCAUGCCGAACAAGCAUUUUCCAAGACAGGUGCAGGAACAAUUAGUUUCAAGUUUACAGGAUUGCUUUUCUGAAGAAACAGAAAGCCAUAAGCGCAAUGGCAAUGAGACACACAUAGACAGUUCAGAAGUGUGGAACAUAGUAAACUGCUGUGAAUACAGUGUUGCAAAACAAACUCAUUAUUCUGGAUGUGCUGAUAGGUCUGUAGCUGUUUUAUCUUCUGUAGCCAAAGAUCAAUCACAAGUACAGUUGCAGACCCAAAACUAUAACCUAAUCACAGAUGUAAAUGUUGAAGGACAACAUCUUGGCAGUCAGAAAUGCAUGCUUGAAACUGGUUUAGAUGGACCACACACACCCAAAGAAACAGCAAUGACAUGUGAUACUAAAGAAACAGUAUUCGAUGAGGAUGUUGAUGUGCUACCUCCCAUUAGAGAAUGUAACCCUUAUAAAGACACUGAAUGUAACUCGCUUGCAGGUGAAAGUUUGUCCAGUGACUUAAAUGAUCAGGUAUCAGAAAAAUCUCCAAAAGCUGACUUGGAAUUCUCGGGGAAGACAUUUAUUAAAGGAUUGAUGAACGAAAAAGAAGAGAACCUGUUGCUUUCGACUGCUGUUGAGAAGGGAAAGUUAGAGCAACAUAAUGCUGCAAAACUUCUCAAAGUUCAGUUGGAAGUAGGCAGCAGUUUGGAUUAUGCUACUGGUGAGCGAUACGAUUUUGAUACCGCCUUAGAAAAGGGACUUGUUGGCAAGGAUAUCAUAUUAAAUGUGUCAGCUUUGCAGUUCCAGGAUGGAGGAAUCAAAGAGGAACAAACAGGCAAAACCUUAACACUUCAGGAGGCUGUGGCAAGAGGACUGAUACCAAGACAUGUGGGCCUACUCGGCAGGUUUUAUGAAUCAAAAACUGGAGAAACAAUUCCCGUCAGUGAUGCUAUACAACACAGUCUGGUUGAUGAUGAUGUUUUAGAAAAAGUCCUAAACUCUGAGAAGGCUGUCUAUGCCAUAAUGGACCCACAAAACAAUGAUUUGCAUAUUGUUCCAGAAGCAGCAAGACUUGGUCUUUUAAAUGAUAGCACAGCACAGAGGCUGUUGGAAGGUCAGGUCUUGUCUGGUGGAAUUGUAGAUCUUGAGCAAGGAAAACAGGUGUCGGUGACUUUGGCAUCCAAACUUGGGCUUAUAGAUGAGCAGCUUGGUGAAGGGCUUACAUACAUGGACGAAACAAUUACUGGAAAAGAAGCAGAUGAUUCAAUAAAACUGAAACAGAUGGGCCUGCAGAUGGAACUCAGUGAUGUGCAGGAUCUUCAAUUCAAACAAUCCUUCUCUCUUACUGAAGCUCUAGAAAAGAAUAUCUGCAAAAACACUGCAUCAGAAACAUUUGAGAUCUGUUCACAUGAGGUAUCACAAGAACCAGCUGAAUCUGCGGAUGGAGAGAAGUUUAGUGAGCAUGCUGUUCUUAUCAAUGGCAGUUCAAUGCAGUCUGGAAAAAGAUGCCUAGAUUUAAAAACAUGCAAAGAGGCUAUAUACACAGGGCAGAGUGUGCAGUUGAAAGGGACUGGUGUAGGUUUGGAUUCAAACAUUAUCCAAAAUUGCAUCCAGGAAGGCAAUGAAUCAGAUAGGUCUUCCCUGUCUUCUGAACCAAACACAUUUAAAAAUAUAUCCAGAGAAACAGAAGAGGCCUCCCCUUCAUGUGGUUCACAGAGUCUUGCAGGUUACCUGAAAGAAAGAGUAGACGGUAUUAAACUAGAAACUGAAAUGUCCACAUCACACGCUAAUGAUUCGGGUUCAUUGAUCAAAAAGCAAAAGUAUGAAGAAGAGAACUUCAUGGAUACCCCAGCGCACAGCAUAAAUUGCGAUCUUAAUGUCAAUGAAUCUGUUAAUACAGGAUUUUGCCAAACAGAGAUAGCUAGUUUUACAGAGAGAGGUCAUGAAAGCACUUCAAAUGCUUCCAAUGAUCUUGUUAAUGCACCACCUAGUACUCAAAUAAAAUACAAAGUACAAGAUAAUAGUGAGAAUUUAGAAAUCAGUACAAGUAUGACAGAGGCCUACACUGAAGCACAGGUGGAAAAUGUUACAGAAAUACAAGCUUUUAACAUGAGAAAUCAAGAUGGUUUCGAGAUAAGCAGGGAUAUGAGCAGUCAGAUUCAAGUUGAUGCAAUGGAUCAGUUGUCUGAUUCGGCUGAAAAAACAAUUUUGAGAGAUAGUAAUGACUCGGUUCACAUCAGAGCUGUUAUAGAUGAUGAAUUGUAUGAUUGCACAGGGAGUAAAAACAAGGAUACUAAUGUGGAUUUAUCCAGUCAACUUACAGAUUCUGUUGGUAAACUGGCAGUCCAAUCUGACAUCAGUAGCAUUACAGACAGCUCUGCAUCUGGAAGUGUGCAGACCUCUGAUGUGUGUAGUAAACUAAGGUCAAGUUUGCAGGGAUUGGUAAAAAUGACAGUGGAGGAUACUAAUGCAAAAGUCUUACAAAAAGCUGAAUCUCAGGUAGUUGAGGAUAUCCUCAAAAUUAUAAUAAACAUUCAGGAGUCCAGCAAAGGUACUGAGGAGGAUGCAGGUUCAAGUGUUGAGGAGAAAGAACUGCAAUUAAGUCACAUUUACAGCCAAAGCCCUGAUCUUCUUAUUGAUUUAUUAAAACAAGAGGCCCUCCAGUCUAAGGCCAAUGAACAGCUUGGGAUAAAGAAGAACUUGACCUUGAAAGAGAAAAUGCAUGAAACAAAUCCUGCUCCUGCUGCAGAACUGUUCCAAUCACAGCUACAGCAGGUCCUACUGACUACAUCUCUAAAUGAUGAUCCAGCAAUGUUCAAAGAGUUGGCUGGCAAGCUCAGUGAUAUUCUUCGAAGAAAUAAAGAAUGUGAAAGGAACCAAACUCCUGGAAGUGCUAAAGGAGAUAGAAACAUGCAGGAUGCUGCAUUUAUAAAUGCAGCUGUAAAUGAUGAUAUGUUCUGUAACCUACCAGAAACUAUCAAAGCACUUUGUAAGCAAAAAGUCAAACAAAUCCCUGCUGAUGAGUGUGAAGAUGAGCAGAGCCCCAUGAAUACAACUGAAACUAAAGGAGAGCCUAAAUCACACAGUACUACACAGCAUUAUUUGGAAUGCAUUGGGAAGCUACAGGAUCAUUCAGAUGUACUCGAAGACCUGAAAAAUGAACUGGACAGUCUAGAACCGCUUGGCAACAACUUGGAAACAUUAACAAUUCAGCUUAAAGAAUCAGAGUCGCUAGAAUCACAGCUUUCUGCACUGGCUGGCAUUCUAACUAAAGAUCUGAAGACAGCGGAUCAGUUAUUAGAGUCUGCUAAUGAAUGUGUUCCCACGCAAAUACGCAGCGAUCUGGAAAUGGUUUCUAAAGAUUUGCAGCUCGCUUUCUCUGAUGCUUGCAAAAUGUCCGCAGAAAGAAGACAUUUUGUAACAGAUGCUGUUUACUUGGAAAAGUCUAAAUUAGCAGAUACAAACCAAGAGCUGCUUGAAAGGGUUCAACAGCUUUCAGUUUGUAUUGAAGAAAAUACUGGAAGCAUUGCAAACCUUGAUAUCAUGAACACAGAUGAUCUGGAAACUGUGAAGCUCAGAAUUCAGCAAAACAAGGACUUAGAAAAAACCCUGUCUAUCACAAAAAAUCAGCUGGAAUCAACAGCAUUUGAUGUUCAGUACUUCAUAGCUGAACAUGCCCAAGAUCUUGCUCCCUCGCAAAGCAAGCUGCUGCUGAAGUCUCUUAACACUGCUCAGAAGUCUUUCAAAGAACUCAUGGAAAUGGUUUUGACACAACGAGACAAUCUGAUGCUUCAUCUAGAAAUAAGACAAGACUUGAGUACUCAGAAGAAUAUUGCGGAAAAGCAAAAGGAGUACACAGAAAAACUGCAAGAGUUGUAUGACCACUUGACGCAGACAGAGAACAGGCUUAUUGGCCACCAGCAAACUACCAUUAGUGGAGAUAGUCUGGGUGACCUACAGCAGUUUCAGACAGAGCAUCAGGCCUUGCAAAGAGACGUACAGGCUGGAGACAGUGCCUUAACAGAGAUAGUGAGAAGUACUAAGAAGUUCUUGGAAGAGAACAGAGACAAGUUGCAGCCAGAGCAAAUAGCCUUGAUUGAGAGAAAACUGGAGGAAGUGAACAGCAAAUCAAAACUGCUCAAUCAGCGGGCCGAGGAGUCAAGGAAAGACCUGGACAAGGCGAUGACAACAGCUAUCAAGCAAGAAACUGAAAAGGUGGCAGCAGUAGAGCAGCUGGAAGAGAGCAAGAUCAAAAUUGAAGGACUCUUGGGCUGGUUGUCUAACGUUGGAAAGGAAAAAGACAUGGAAGGAAAUCUAGAGCAGGAGAUGGCCAAACAGAAUGGGAACCUUCCUCUGGAAAGCACAGGCACGUCGAUGAUUGUAGAGGAGGAUGAAGCAAAUGGAAACCUGCAGCAGGUCCAGACCGGCACUGUUGUGGAUGGAAAAGGGAAAGCCACAGAAGGAUUAGAUUUAAAUAAGCAGUAUGGAAAAGUCAAGGCUCAUCAUCAGGAAAUCUUGUCCCAGCAACCAGACUUUAUCAUUGCUACUCAGUCUGCCCAGGCUCUGCUUGAGAAACAGGGCCACAUGCUUUCUCCAGAAGAGAAGGAGAAGCUGCAGAGAAACCUCCAGGAGCUGAAGGAUUGCUAUGAAACCACUUUGUCCAAGGCAGAGCACAAAAUGAAGCAGAUCCACGCGGUACAAGAAGAACUUCAGAAAUUCGAAACCGAUUGCAGUGAAUUUGAAAACUGGCUGCAGCAGUCUGAGGGUGAGAUCACAGACCUAAAGACUGGAGCAUCCGACCUGGGUGUUCUGAACGGCAAGCUUCAAAGGCAGAGAAGCUUUUCGGAAGAUGUGAUCUCUCACAAAGGAGAUCUGAGGUUCAUCACAAUCUCUGGACAAAGGGUGUUGGAUGCGACCAAAUCAUUCAGCAAAGCAGAUACUAGCAUUGACUCAGAACUGGACGUAGAUACAUCUGGAGUCUGUACUGUAGUGCAAGACAAACUGGACUCUGCAGCAAAUCGCUACAAAGCUCUUCACUCCCAGUGUAACCAACUGGGUGACAACCUCAAAGAUGUGGUAGAGAAAUACAAACAGUAUGAAGAUGCCUCCACUGGCCUUGGAUCAUGGUUAGAAGAAUCUGAAGAUUUUGCAAAUAAACAGCUGGCAGAACCAAUUGCUGCUGACCCUAAAAAUCUUCAAAAGCAGCUUGAGGAAACCAAGGCUCUUCAGGGACAGAUGUCAGGACGUCAAGGUGCUGUGGAGAAGUUGCGGAAAACAGCUGCCGCUCUCAUUGCCACAGAGGGGGACUUGUUAAGAAAUCAAGAUAAAAUCCAAGAAACAGUGGAUGAUAUCGUAGAGAGGUAUGAUAACCUUUCCAAGUCGGUAAGUGAUCGAAAUGAGAAGCUGCAGAUCACUUUGACACGGUCCCUGAGUGUGCAGGAUGGGUUGGAUGAAAUGUUGGACUGGAUGGAAGGAGUUGAGAAGAGCCUUGGAGAAAAAAAUCAAGUGCCUUUGAACUCGACUGCAAUCCAAGACAUGCUCAGUAAAAGGGCUGUAUUGGAGCAAGACAUUUCAAUUCGCCAGAGCAGUAUCGCUGCCAUGAAAGAGAAGGUGAAAAAGUUUAUAGAGACAGCAGACCCUUCCACAGCUUCCUCUCUGAAAGCAAAAAUGGACACCCUGUCGAAACGCUUCACUGAUGCCUGUGAGAAACACAAAGAGAAGAUCACCAAACUAGAAGAGCUGAAGGACAAAGUGGAGCUGUUUGAAAAGACCUCACAGAAAGUCCAGCAGUUUGUGGGCAAAAGAUCUCAGGCCCUGUCUGAGACAGAUGGGCCUGGAAAGAAUGUCAGUGAACUUUCACAGUUAAUACAGGACACAAAUGUGGAGUUAUCAGACCAUGCAAAGGAUGUUGAACUUCUACAGAAUCUGUCUAAGGAACUUGCAGAGGCUAGCCCUGAGGGAAGCAAUGUCCACAUUCUUGAAAAAGUGGACAAUCUUUCAAAGAAAUUUAAAGAGUUUGAGGACACAGUUAAGGAGAAGGAAGAAGAAGUUUCUUCUUGUCAAGGACAGUUGGCAGAAUUCAAGAGUGCCGUUAAGUCUUUCAGAAAAUGGCUGGAUGAGUUGACGGAGAAGAUCCCUCUUGUGAAACCAGCUUGCAGUGUGGAAGACCACGAGAAACAUCUACAGAAAGUGAAGGCCUUAUUGGAGGAAUGGUCAUCCAAGGUUUCUGUGCUUCAAGAGAUUAACAACAAAGGAUCUGCACUUUGUAACUUAAUAAGUGUCCUGACAUCCCCUGCGAAAACAAAGACAACAGUAAAACCAGGCACAACAGUGGUAAACGGUGCUGAAACUCAUGCCUACCUAACCAACAAAGAGCUGACCGUUGUCCAACAAAAUACGUCAUAUAUCAACCAUGGCUAUGAAAAUGUGGGAGUUCUUCUGAAGGAGAAAGCCGGUGAACUAGAUGGUAUGCUUGUCAAGCUGCAAGAAGUGGAACAUGAAGCAAACUCACUGAUGCAAUGGUUUGAUGAUAUAAAUAAAACCACAGCGUCUUGGGAUGCUGUACCCACUGAGACUGAAUCCAUGAAAACACAGAUGGAACAACAAAAGACGUUUGAAGCAGAGUUGAAACAAAAGCAAGGCAAACUCCAGCAGUUGAAAGAAAAGCUGUUGGACCUGCUUGAGAAGCACCCAGACUCUCCCGAAGCUGUAAAAUGGAAGCAGAUGUUGGAUCAGAUAGAUUCCACAUGGAAAGACAUAAAUAGCUCAAUGGAUAUGAGAAAGCAGAAGCUGGAGGAGUCAUCCAAGAAUCUUACUCAGUUCCAGACAGCUGAGGCUCAACUGAAACAAUGGCUUGCAGAGAAGGAGCUAAUGAUGAGUGUACUGGGCCCUCUCUCAAUAGAUCCAAACAUGUUAAAUGCACAAAAGCAACAAGUUCAGAUUCUGCAAAAUGAAUUUGACACACGCAAGUCACAAUACAAUCAACUGAACAAAUCAGCACAGGGCAUCUUGGAGAGACCAGGAGAUCUUCCUCCAUCGUGCAAGCUCUUGAGGGAUCAACUGGCCGCUGUUGCGGAGAAAUGGGAAAACCUGACAGGACAGCUGAGCGGCAGGUCAGAGCGAAUCGACCAGGCCAUUGUCAAAACAAACGAAUUCCAGAACCUGCUCAAAAAGGUUUCAGAAAAUGUGGAUGUCUUGAACAGUAAACUAAACAGCCAGUCUUCUCUGAGCACCCAGCCUGAUGCUGUUAAACAACAGCUGGAAACGGCCAACGAAAUCUGCACCAAGCUUGGGGAAGAAAAGAAGAGCAUUGAGGAGGCUGAUGUUCUGUGCAAAGAGCUGUCAGCUUUAGUUUGUGAAGAAUACCUGAAAGCAGAUCUUAGCAGACAGCUGGAAAGUGUCAAAAAGCCAUUUAAAGACCUUGAAGAAAGAACAGGAAACAGGAUACAGCAGCUUAAUUCUGCGUUCGCCAGCUCUCAGCAGUUCCAUCAGACGUCCAAAGAUUUCCAUGGUUGGUUGGAUGGAAAAAGGCAGGAGCACUCAAGGACACCCCUCAUAUCUGCUAAACUUGAAACUCUGCAACAGAACAUCAAGGACCAUGCUGAAUUCCAGAAGUCUUUGGAUGAGCAAAAUGCAGCGUAUGAAACAGUAAUUAAGGAGGGAGAGGCUCUCUUACAAAACACACACGGGGCUGAGAAGUCUACUUUACAGAGCCAACUCGCCGUACUGAAAAGCAAUUGGGAUGAACUAAAAAAACAGUCCUCAGUGCGGCAGGACAAGUUGCAAGGAUGCCUUCAAAGAGCUCAGAAGUACAAAGAACAUGCAGAAAAACUGAGCCCAUGGAUUGAAGAAUGUGAAAGUAAGGUAGCCAAAGUAAAGAUUUGCAUUGACCCGGCAGAAGUUGAGAGCUCCAUCUCUGAGGUCAGAAUGUUACAGAAGGACCUAGACAAACACCGUGGAAUGGUGGAGUUGUUAAAUAAUGCUGCAGACAGCUUGUUUGAAGUCACACAAGCCGACGAAGAUAUUAUCAGAGCUGAGAAGGCUUCCUUCAACCAGAAGGUUGACGAUAUGAUGGAGCAACUUCAGAACAAGAAGGAUUCCUUGGAAGAGAUUGCACAGCAUCUCAAGGAGUUUAAUGAGUCCCAUAAAGAAGCUAAAGAACAGCUGGAUGAUGCCAGGAAGCAACUUGAGGCCCACGAGUCCCUGGGAGCUCAGGCUUACAGCAACAAACAUUUAACCAACAUGAAGGCACAGCAGAAAACACUUGAGACCCUAAAGACCCAGGUAGAUUAUCUGAAAAACCUUACACAGAGACUGGUGGUUGAUGCCCCAGAUGCAGCAGGUGUAUCUGACCUUCUGUUACAGACAGACUCGCUUGACCAGGAGUACAAUGCUGUGAGUCAGGAGGUGGAAGACAAGUGCUCAUUUCUGGAAACCAAGCUCCAGGGAAUCGGGCAGUUCCAAAACAGCAUCAGGGAAAUGUUCUCUCAGUUUGCAGAUUUUGACGAUGAGCUAGACAGCAUGCAACCAGUGGCCCGUGACCUGGACACUUUGCAGUCACAGAAGGAUGACAUCACGAGUUUUGUGAACAAACUCCAGGAGCUGAUGGUCAACACAGUGAAUGCCAACAAAAACUGCAAGAAGAUGCUGGAGACAGAGGGGUCUCCAGAUCUGCUGGGCUUGAAACGGGACCUGGAAGCCUUAAACAAGCAGUGCAGUAAACUGAUGGACAGAGCUAAAGGGAGAAAAGAACUAGUUGAAACCACUGUCACCCGUGUCAAUGAAUUAUACAGAAAGAUUAAGGAACUCUCUGAAAAACUUCAGCUAGCUAAAGAGCAUGAGGAAUCUCAAGGGCCAGUUGGAAUGGAGACUGAGAUUAUUAAUCAACAGCUGGAAGUCUUCAAGGUAUUCCAAAAAGAAGAGAUCGAGCCCUUGAAAGCUAAGCUACAAGAUGUUAACUGGCUGGGACAGGGCCUUAUACAGAGCGCUGCUAAAAACGCCAACACCCAGAGCCUCGAAGGUGAUCUCGAGGAUGUUAACACAAGAUGGAAUACACUCAACAAGAAGGUUGCAGAAAGGGAUGCCCAGUUGCAUGAAGCACUACUGCAUUGUGGGAGGUUUCAAGAUGCCCUUGAAUCCCUGCUCAGCUGGCUGAAUGAUACUGAAGAUCUUAUUGCCAAUCAAAAGCCGCCUUCCGCUGAGUUCAAAGUAGUGAAGGCUCAGAUUCAGGAGCAAAAACUUCUGCAAAGGCUAUUGGAUGACCGUAAACCAACAGUGGAUAUAAUCAAACGAGAGGGAGAAAAACUGUCUGAGGCUGCAGAGCCGGCAGAUAAGGAAAAGAUGCUGAAGGAACUUGGCAGUCUUAGUCGUAGGUGGGAUGCAUUGCUCAGCAAGGCAGAAACAAGGCACCGACAGCUGGAAAGUAUCCUAGUGGUAGCACAGCAGUUCCAUGAAACACUGGAGCCCUUGGCAGAGUGGCUUUCUACCACUGAAAAAAGACUGGCAAACUCAGAACCCAUUGGAACCCAGACUAAGAAAUUAGAGCAGCAAAUUUCACAGCACAAGGCCUUAAAAGAUGAUAUUAUGGGUCACAGUAAGAACUUACACCAAGCUAUUAGCCUUGGCCAGGCACUUAAGACAAUGAGUUCCUUGGAUGACAAGGAAUUGGUGCAGGGCAAGCUGGAUUCAAUACAGACUCACAUCAUUGAAGUCCAGGAGAGAUGUAGCAGGAAAGCAGCCAUGCUGCAGCAGGCCCUCUCUAAUGCCCGGCUCUUUGGCGAAGAUGAAGUUGAACUAAUGAAUUGGUUAAAUGAAGUACAUGAUAAACUGAGCAAUGUGGCAGUCCAGGACUACAACACUGAUGCACUUCAUAAACAGCAUAAUGAGCAACUGGCUCUUCAUGAGGACAUUGUGCUUAGGAAACAAAAUGUUGACCUGGCUAUUCAAAAUGGCUUGGAACUUCUGAAACAAACAACAGGUGAUGAAGUUGUUAUCAUUCAAGAAAAAUUGGAUGGUAUCAAAGCCAGAUAUGCAGAAAUCGAUUCAAUGAGCACAGAUGUUUCAAAGCUGCUCAAUCAAGCUCUAGUGCUUGCUACCAAACUGCAGCAAAACCACGAAGAGCUGUGCAGUUGGCUAGAUUACAUUGAAGCAGAAGUAGCUGCUUAUGAAGUUCAGGUCCCUGCAGGAGAACAGCUGACCCAAGUGCAAGAGAGACAAAAAGAGCUCCUGAAAGAUGCUAAGGGGCGCAAGGGCUUGGUGGACACUCUCAAUGAGGUAAGUAGUGCUCUGCUGGAGCUGGUGCCCUGGAGAGCACGGGAGGGACUGGACAGACUGGUGUGUGAAGACAAUGAGAGGUACAGACUUGUGAGCGACUCCAUCACGCAGCAUGUGGAAGAAAUAGAUGCUGUCAUUCUGAGAUCUCAGCAGUUUGAACAUGCAGCUGAGGUGGAGGUUGUGUGGCUAACUGAUGCAGAAAAAAAACUGGCAUCACUUGGAGCUAUCAGACUUGAGCAAGAUCAGACUGUAGCUCAGUUACAAGUUCAAAAGGCUUUCUCUAUUGACAUUUUAAGACAUAAGGAUGCCAUCGAUGACAUUGUGAAAACUGGAGAGGCAAUAAUCAGCAGCAGCGAUGAAGAGGAGAAAAAAUCCCUACAGGAUAAAGUUCAAACUCUUCUGGAGAAAUAUGAUGUUGUCAGCCAUAUUAACGCCGAGCGAUGCCUACAGCUUGAGCGCGCUCAUUCAUUGGCCAGUCAGUUCUGGGAGACCUAUGAUGAGCUGUGGCCGUGGCUGCAGGAAAUGAGGAGUGCGGUCUCCCAGCUUCCUGCUCCUGCUAUUGAAUAUGAAACUUUAAAACAGCAGCAAGAAGAAUUGAGGCAAAUGCGUGAGUUGAUUGCAGAACACAAGCCUCAUAUCGAUAAGAUGAACAAAACCGGGCCCCAGUUGUUGGAGCUAAGCCCUGCUGAAGGCCUUUCCAUCCAGGAAAAGUACACAGUGACUGACAAGCUUUACAUGCAGAUAAAAGAAGAUGUUAAACAGCGAGCGGUAGCUUUGGAUGAAGCUAUUUCCAAGUCAACCCAGUUCCAUGACAAGAUGGACCCAAUGAUGGAGACUCUGGGGCGGAUAGCGGAGCGCUUGAGGCAGCCUCCUUCCAUCUCUGUGGAGGUGGAGAAGAUCAGAGAGCAGAUCAGCGAGAAUAAGAAUGUGUCUGUUGAUCUGGAGAAGCUCCAGCCUGGAUAUGAAACUCUGAAACAACGCGGGGAGGAGAUGAUUGCACGUUCUGAGGGUGCUGACAAAGAUAUAUCUGCUAAAGCUGUGCAAGACAAGUUAGACCACAUGGUGUUCAUCUGGGAAGAUAUCCAGGCCUUGCUUGAAGAAAGAGAAGCUAAGCUCUUGGAUGUGAUGGAUCUGGCUGAGAAAUUCUGGUUUGACCACUGUGCGCUCAUAGUCACCAUCAAGGACACACAGGAUGUCCUGCGAGACUUGGGGGAACCUGGGACUGACCCUUCAGUGGUGAAACAACAGCAGGAGUCUAUAGAGAGCUUUAAAGAAGAAAUAGAUGGACUGCAGGAAGAGCUUGAUAUGGUUCAGAAUCUCGGGGAUGAAUUGAUGGCUGUCUGCGGCGAGCCUGACAAGCCUGUAAUCAAGAAGAGCAUAGAUGAGCUGAAUUCUACCUGGGACAACCUGAACAAGAACUGGAAGGAGAGAGUGGAAAGACUAGAGGAGGCUAUGCAGUCAGCUGUUCAGUUUCAGGACGGAUUGCAGGGAUUGUUUGACUGGGUGGAUAUUGUGGAGAAUAAACUUGAUUCAAUGUCACCUGUUGGCACUGACCUAGAGACUGUCAAACAACAAAUAGGGGAACUGAAGGAAUUCAAGUUGGAAGCCUACCAACUACAGAUAGAGAUGGAAAGGCUCAACCAGCAGGCAGAGAUGCUGUUGAAGAAAGUUGUUGAAGAAAUGGACAGACAUCCCAUUACGGAACCAUUAACUGAGCUCAGAAUGCUGUGGGACAGUCUGGAUCAGAAGAUUAUCAACAGACAGCACAAACUAGAGGGAGCCCUGCUGGCUCUGGGGCAGUUCCAGCAUGCCUUGGAUGAGCUGCUGACGUGGCUGACACACACAGAAGACUCACUGAAGGAACAGAAGAAAGCAGGAGGAGACCCAAAAGCUAUUGAAAUUGAACUCGCCAAGCAUCACGUGCUCCAAAAUGAUGUGCUAGCCCACAAAACCACGGUGGAAGCUGUUGAGAAAGCAGGAAAUGACAUGAUUGAGUCCAGUGCCAGGGAGGAAGCCAGUAGCCUCCAGAGCAAGCUGGAAAACUUGAAUCAGCGGUGGAAGACCGUCCUGGAAAAAACAGCACAGAGGCGGCAACAUCUGGAAAGCGCUCUGCUCCAGGCCCAGGGUUUCCAUGGCGAGAUUGAAGAUAUGCACAAGUGGCUGAAAGACACUGAACGUCAGCUGUUGGCAUCACAGGCUGUUGGAGGGUUACCAGAAACAGCGAGAGAGCAGCUUAAUAUCCAUCUGGAACUCUUGAAUGUUUUUGAAGCAAAGGAAGAGCUGUACACCAGACUGAUGCAGAAAGGACAGCAGCUGAUCACUUUCUGUCCAGAGGGACAUGAUACCACUACAGAGCAGGACCUAAAGAACUUGAAAGAAAAAUGGGAAUCUGUGCAAACAAAAAUGACUGAAAGAAAGGUUAAACUAGAGGAAGCCCUGACCUUGGCCACAGAGUUCCAUAACUCCCUUCAAGACUUCAUCAACUGGCUGACCCAGGCUGAGCAGACUCUAACAAUGGCCACACCAGCAAGCCUUAUCCUGGACAACAUCUUGUUUCAGAUUGAUGAACAUAAGGUCUUUGUCACUGAGGUAAAUUCCCACAGAGAGCAGAUAAUAGAGUUGGACAAAACUGGAACCCACUUGAAAUACUUCAGUCAGAAGCAGGAUGUCGUCCUCAUUAAGAACCUGCUGAUCAGUGUACAGAGCCGCUGGGAGAAGGUGGUCCAGCGAUCAGUGGAGAGGGGACGAGCUCUAGAUGAUGCAAGGAAACGUGCCAAGCAGUUCCAUGAAGCCUGGAACAAACUAAUGGAGUGGCUUGAGGAAUCAGAAAAGGCCCUAGAUUCUGAGCAGGAAAUCGCAAAUGACCCAGACAAGAUUAAGAUGCAGCUGGCACAGCAUAAGGACUUUCAGAAAGCCCUUGGAAGCAAACACUCAGUGUAUGACACUUCAGUCCGAAAUGGGCGCUCUUUGAAGGAAAAGACCUCUCUGAAAGAUGACAACCAGAAACUGGACGACAUGCUCAGUGAACUGAGAGACAAAUGGGACACUGUCUGUGGUAAAUCUGUGGAAAGGCAAAAUAAACUGGAGGAAGCUCUGCUGUUUUCAGGACACUUCACAGAUGCUCUCCAGGCUCUCAUUGAUUGGUUGUACAAGGUAGAGCCCCAGCUUGCUGAAGACCAGCCAGUACAUGGAGAUAUAGACCUUGUAAUGAAUCUGAUAGAUAACCAUAAGGUCUUCCAGAAAGAGCUGGGGAAAAGAACUAGCAGCAUACAGGCUUUGAAACGCUCCGCACGGGAACUAACUGAAAUCAGUCAUGACGACUCCUCUUGGGUCAAAGUUCAAAUGCAGGAGCUGAGCGCCCGCUGGGAGACUGUGUGCGCUCUCUCUGUGUCCAAACAAACACGACUAGAACAGGCUCUCUGUCAGGCAGAGGAAUUCCAUUCCACCGUUCACAUCUUGUUGGAGUGGCUCGCUGAGGCUGAGCAGAGCCUUCGUUUCCAUGGUGCCCUCCCUGAUGAUGAAGAGGCUUUGUGUGCACUUCUAGAUCUACACAAGGAGUUUAUGAGGAAACUUGAAGAAAAAAGAGUGGGGCUGAGCAAAGCUAUACGUCUGGGGGAAGCCAUCUUGACCAUCUGCCAUCCAGACUCGAUCACCACCAUUAAACACUGGAACACCAUCAUCAAAGCCAGAUUUGAUGAGGUGUUAGCAUGGGCCAGGCAGCACCAGCACAGGUUAGGUAGUGCUCUGAAGGAGUUACUUGCUAAUCAGGAGCUGUUGGAGACCCUGCUAGGUUGGCUGCAGUGGGCAGAGACAACACUCAAUGAGAAGGAUAAGGAGACCAUCCCACAGGAAAUCGAGGAAGUCAAGACACUCAUUGCUGAACACCAGGUCUUUAUGGAGGAAAUGACAAGGAAGCAACCCGAUGUUGACAAGUUAACAAAGACAUACAAACGGAAAGCUGCACCAGAACUUGCCUCCCUCCAUUCCAAUAUCCCUGUCCUGGAUAAAGGAAGAAGAGGAAGAAAACGGUCCACUACUCAAAGGAUAUACCCUUCAUCAACAAAUACACAGAUUGAGACCAAGAACCCUCGGGUCAAUAUCCUUGUUAGCAAAUGGCAGCAGGUCUGGCUUCUGGCUUUGGACAGACGACGAAAACUCAACGAUGCAUUAGACCGGCUAGAGGAGUUGAGAGAGUUUGCCAACUUUGACUUUGACAUUUGGAGGAAACGCUAUAUGAGAUGGAUGAACCACAAGAAGUCUAGGGUGAUGGACUUCUUCCGUCGCAUUGACAAAGACCAGGAUGGGAAGAUAACCAGGCAGGAGUUCAUUGAUGGAAUUCUUUCAUCAAAGUUCCCAACUAGCCGUUUGGAAAUGAGUGCUGUGGCUGACAUCUUUGACAGAGAUGGCGAUGGCUACAUCGACUAUUAUGAGUUUGUAGCAGCUCUUCAUCCCAACAAGGAUGCCUACAAGCCACUUACAGAUGCUGACAAAAUAGAGGACGAGGUGACUCGUCAGGUGGCAAAAUGUAAAUGUCCAAAACGAUUUCAGGUGGAACAGAUUGGAGCUAACAAAUACCGGUUUUUCCUUGGAAACCAGUUUGGUCUUGUACACUGCUUACAUGAACCAUUAAUCGUGGAUGAGACACUAACAAACAGGGACAGUCAAAAUGUAACCCCACAACUACAAGUUGCUGUAUUGGAAAGCUGUAUACUGUUUGGAGACUCGCAGCAGCUACGUCUUGUUCGCAUCCUGCGCAGCACUGUUAUGGUUCGUGUGGGAGGUGGAUGGAUGGCCCUUGAUGAGUUCUUAGUGAAAAACGACCCUUGCAGAGUUCAUCAUCAUGGAAGUAAAAUGUUACGUUCGGAAUCAAACUCUUCAAUUACUACUCAGUCUCCUAUAGCCAAAGGCAGAACAAACAUGGAGCUUCGGGAAAAGUUGAUUUUACCAGAGGGCGUGACACAAAUCAUAGGUAGCUUCCGAUACCGGGGUCAUAAGUCACGGCCAUCCUCAAGAGCUGCUUCUCCGAACAGAUCCAUCUCCAGUCACAGCUGUGCUUCAGUAGCACCCCCCCCCCACCUAGCCGCUACCACCACCCCAAAGACUCCCCAACAUAUAACCCGCAAUUAUGAUAAGCCAUGGUUGACAAACAGCAAAACCUCUACACCUGUUAGAUCACCAGAAUCCCGUGAAUGUCAGGUUUCAUCUACAGAGGGUACACCAAUACAAGGAAGCAAACUCCGUCUUCCUGGGUAUUUGUCUGGAAAAGGUUUCCAUUCUGGAGAAGAGAGUAGCCUCAUCACAACAGCGGCUUCUAAAACCAGAACACAGUUAACAGAAACUAAGAAGACGCAAAGCAGGCAUGGAAGCCGGGCAGGGAGCAAGGCUGGCAGCCGAGCAAGCAGCCGACGAGGCAGUGACGCCUCAGACUUCGACAUUUCAGAGAUCCUGUCUGUGUGCUCAGACGUGUCAGAGACUGUACCAGACUUGAACAAAACAGGGCCUAGAGCCGGACACCGUCCCUCUUCCGCAAAGCCUUCUAAAAUCCCCACACCUCAGAGGAGGUCUCCUGCUGCUAGCAAACUGGCCAAGGCUUCCAAGAGAUAGUUGGGACAGGCCCAGCAGAAUAACUACAACGUGCAUUAAAUAUUUAAGGUUGUGAGGUGUAAAAUAGUUAAAAAUGAAUGUGUAAUAUUGAGCGAGGCAGAUUUGAAUGCAGAUGGCCUUAUGUCUAUGUGUCUUGUAUUUUAUUUUAUGUGAAUAAUGUUAUGUCAAAUAUUAUUAUAAUUAUUAUAUUAUUAUUUUUGUUGAUGCCAUAUCCUUGAGGGUAAAAUGAGAUACAUUAUAAUGUAACUUAAACUAACAUUUUUACACAGUAAUGUGUAACUGUAACACUAAAUAUUGCUAGGAAACAGCUACUGAAUGUACUGUAAUUUUCUGGAAUUUAAAUUGUCUAUUUAAGUAACAAUUUAUAUGUUCUGGUAAUGCAACAAAGAGCAGUUAAAACACAUAAAAAGAGACACGGUUCUGGAUUUGCUCACUAAACACUAAAGUAAGGUUUCAGACUACUGUGCAAAAGGGUGUGAAGUUAAUUCACACAGCAGAAAAUUUAAAUAAAAAAACGAAGCGUUCUAUUCACAAAUCAUAAACACUUGCGAUUCAUAUUAUGUUAAAAUACCUUGCAGCAAAUUGUGCCAUUUAUUUAACUGACUAGGGCCUACAGACUCCUAGAAACUAAAAUAUCAGCAUGAAGUGCAUUCAUGUCAAUGUAUGGUUUUAUUUUGCUUGAGUGAGCGGGAGUGCUGUAUCUCUUAAUUCUGUAAUAAAUUUGCUUGCAGAAAGCUAAAAAUUAA